AUGGCUAUCACCACCGAGUCCAAGACCGAACUAAAAGUCGUGCUCGGCACUAUGACGCUGAGCAAAGAAGCCCGCGUGCACGACCCCAAUGACUGCGCCACUAUGUUGGACGCGUUCCAGAAGCACGGGUACAACGAGAUCGACUCCGCGCGCGUGUACGGCGUGGCUCACAGGGCAUGGUUGUGGGCACUAAGCUCAGUCCGCACCGGUUCGGGCCGCCCAAGCCUGCCUGGACUCCUGGAGAGUUUGCAGGCGUUGCAGGGUGAAAAGAUAGACUUGUGGUAUCUGCAUGCGCGGGACCACAACACGUCAUACGCAGAAGCCCUAGAAGUGGUCAACGAACUCUACAAAGCGAGCUAUUUCCACCAUUUCGGAAUAAGCAACUACUCAGUCUGGGAAGUCGCCCAAAUCUGCGAACUUUACGAGCGCAGCGGUUGGAAAAAGCCAGACGUCUAUCAGGGCUGCUAUCACGCGCUCCAGCGCUCCGUCGAGCCAGAGCUCUUCCCCUGCCUCCGACAGUACGGGAUCGCCUUUUACUCAUCCAGCCCCGUCGCCGGUGGAUGUGCUCACGGACAAGGCGAAUUCCGCCGGCGGUACUGGAAUGAGGCGUAUUUUAGUGCGCUGGAUGUGAUUCGGCCGGUGGCACAUAAGCAUGGGAUCACGACGGCUGAGGCGGCGGUUAGGUGGGCGAAUUACCCUAGCUCAAUGAAGAAGGAGUAUAGUGAUGUGGUGAUUACUGGGGCGAGUAGUGCGGUGCAGUUGGAGGAGAAUUUGACGAAUUUGGAGAAGGGGCCGUUGCCGCUGGAGCUGGUCAAGGCGUUUGAUGAGGGUUGGGCAAUUGUGACGGGGGUUUGCGGGCCGUAUUUUCAGUGGUUAUCCGGCUUACGGAUCAAAUUUAAGUUUUUGAUUGAUUGCUUGCUCUAA